GCGGGCGGACGGCGGCAGCCUGUGGACGAGCGCGGCCCGCCCGGCCCCGUCCCCCGCCGCGCCCAGCGCUCCCUGCCGGCGGGGCCGCCCCGGGCUCCGCCGCACGUAAACGGCCGCAUCCCCCGCGGGCCUGGGGCGGGGGGAUCGGGCCUUUCUUCCCUUCCCCGGGGGCCGCCUGACGGGCGGGGGGCGGCGGGCGGGCAGGGCGCGGGGGCCGGGUGGAGGGAAGGCGGCCGGGGUAGCCCCGGUCCGGUUGGUGCCGGCUCUCCUCCCCGCAGCAGGCUCAGCCCGGCCUCCGGCAGGCUGGUGGCGGCGAUCGGGACUCAGGGGGGGGCCCCCGGGCUCCUUUCCCCUUCCCUCCCUCCGCGGCGGGCGGCGCUGGAGCAUUUUCUCCCGCUGCGCCCCCCUCGCUGCCCCCCAGACAUGGUAGGUCACCUACAGCUGCAAGGGAUGGACGAGAGCCUGAAGGAGAAGAGCCGGGAAGGCUUGCUGGACAGCCCGGACUCGGGGCUGCCCCCCAGCCCCAGCCCCCCUUUCUACUCCCUCUCGCCCGGUGAGGGCCGAGCUGGGGGCAGCGGCGGUGCGGACCCCCCGGCCCCGGGGCACCGGCGAGAGGCCAAGGACGGCAAAGUGAUGCCUUACCUGCUUCUGAACCCGUCCAUGCCGGAGAUGAGGCCUCGAAUGUACCCUGUGUUUUUUGGAGAAAGCAUUGAGGUCAGCCCUGAGCCCAUGCAGGAAAUCAGGUGCAAUUCUGAGGUGAAGUACGACUCCGAGAAGCAUUAUCGGGAUGACAUCUUCUAUGGCCCUAUCCCCACUGUCACCACCUACAGCGAGACAGUCAUUGCUGCUCCCAAUUGCACCUGGCGGAACUACAAGUCCCAGCUGAUCUUUGAGCCUCGCCAGAAGCCACUGAGGUUUCAGAGCACGACCAUCAUUUUUCCUAAGCGUGCCAAGAACAUUUACCGGACCACCCUCAACUACAGCUUGGGUUGUGCCAAGCGUUGGUUUGCUUCCAGUGUGCAGCUGGAACUCUGCGAGGAAACCAGCCCGUGCGUCAUCUACAGCGAGACCCUCUGAUCUGCCACUGGCAACCUUGUGACCUCAAGGAGGCUGUGGCCUUUACUGGGUCUCUGGCUGGGCCUUCAUUGAUGGUGACUGAAUAUUAAUGGCUGGAGAACACGUUGUCUUGGGUGAGGCUGAACUGCCUGGGAGGAGGCUUGCAGGGCAUGGGAUGGUUUUGAUCAGUGAGAGGCUGGCUUGUAUUUCGUGACGUUCCUGACAUUCAUGAUCUGGAUUUUAUUUUUUUUUUUUUCCAAGCAUAUCUAUUUUUGACUUGUGUCUAGAUGAAAUCAAGAUGACUAAGGACCCUAUCACCCAUAGCAGAAUGCUGCCUCCUGAGCUCUGUAGGUCUCGUCUAGCACAUAUAGGUGAGACUCACUGUAACCUUCAGAGCUAUUUUGAUCUCUGCAAAGGGAAGACCAACUGCAGAGUCAGUGUCCAGUCUGCCCAGCAUACACCAAGCCAGGUCUCUUAGAGUUUAAUUGCAGAGGAGGUGCUUAUUUGUAUCAAUACAUCACAGCUUGCUCCAAUAGCUCAUCUGGGAGAUAGCUGCAAUAUUACACCACUGCAGUAACCUCAGGCCUAACUUACUGGGAGGAGUGGGGACUGUCACCGAGAAAAAAACAAAGAAAACAGGCAUGCACUGCUCUUGCUAGCAGCUAGAUGUUUAUAUACCAUAGCAAGGCACAGCACAACCAGGAGAUGGGAGACAGGCCUACCCCAACGUAUGGCCACCUCUUCUGUGAGCCCAGCCAAGAGUAUGCAGGGGAGAUUGAGGAAACUGAAUAGCUGAAGGGCUAUUUUCUAAAACUGUCCAAGUGAUUUAGGAGCCCAGUGCCCUUUUUCACAAGUUCUGUCAGUCCAAGUGUGCUGUUUGUUGCCUCAAACACCCAAUUUACAGGGAUCUUUACGCACUUGCAGCCCUUCUGAGUUUCAGGGUAUGGCUGUAUUGCAGAGAGGAGUGUAGUACAGGAAGAUUCUAUCUAGCUUCAAAGAAGCCCAUGCAGGGUUAACUCGUAAGCAAGGUUGCUCACCCUCUCAGUAGUUUCCAUACCUGUGGCAUGGACAGCUUCGCUGACUGGAGGAACAGCCAAACUUUCUCAGUGUAGAGCUUGAAGUAUUGAAGAGCCCAAAUCCGUCCAGGUUUUCCUUAAUCAGCCAGGCUGUAGCAAUUCAACAGGUACUUCACAAACAGCUGAGCUGUCUCUGCAAAAGGAUCAAGAAACACUGAGAGAACAGGAGUCACUACAGCCAUCGUAAGGUAAACCAUUCCCCACUCAGGAAUCACAUCUCCUGGUAUCUCUUCACUUUGGUAGCUCACUGAAAAUCUGCAAGAACCUGGAUUCCCACAAAUAGAUAACCUUUGAAAAUAGCAUGGAAUUGUCUCCAAAAAUCUUACCAAGAAUUUUUGCAUGCCGCUUAGGAGAGUCCAGACUUAGAAAAUAACCGCACAGCUCCAGAAAUUAAUUUCCAGCUUUCCCUCUUCUAAACUUUCCAUUUUGUUCCUGACUUGCUGCGAGUCUGAUUAUUUCAGAACACAACUGAGCAGCCAAGUCAGAAAACCUGUUAACAAUGUCAACAAGAUGUAGCUGAUUGCCCAGAAAGAGUUGACGCCCAAACCCACAGAGAUUAAAGAAAAUAUAUCUGAAAAACUUAAAAAAAAAAAAUUAAAAGACUUACAGAGAUACUUUUUCCAUCAGUUUCAAAAGGCAAUUGGUAAAUGUGACCAGAACUGUGACCUUUAUGAAACAGAGUUCUCGUAUUUAAAAUGAAGCACAAUUUUCCCACCAGAAGUAAAUAUAAGGUCUUUAUAUACAAACUUAAAUCCUGACAGCUGAAGCAUCAUUAGUACUGAAAGAUGCGUGCUAUGGCAGUGAUGAACUCUGCCUCUCUGUUCGGGAGUUAGGACUUGGUAGGGAGAAAUCUCUCAAAGGAUUUCCAAGGCUUCCACCUACUGUUGAAUUCUUUUCAGCAACACAGAAACAAGGAUUAUAUUUGUUAUUGGUCAGAUUUUGCUGUCACUGACUGUCAGCAUCAAAGCCUGGAAAAGCAACAUCUGCCUCCAAAGGGAUUAUUGUACCUGAAGCAACCCUUCUCCCCAGAGCUCCAGCAAACGUGAGUGCUGUGGAGCUAGCUUAGGCAGCAGGGCAGUUGAAGCUAGGAUGAAUGUGGUCCCAGGCGCAAUGCAAGUUAGUGAUGCACUUACUUGCUAGCUCAUCUUGAGGUCUAUCCUGUUUCGCCAAGUGCUGGUGAGCCUUGUGACCAGUGGAAAUAUUCAUCUGCUGUCCUGGGCACAUCGUGAAGGCUCUGGAGGGCUCUUUCUGUGCACCUGUGAGAGUCUCUAGCAAAGAGGGCAGGUAUCCAAGCUGAGCAACAGUGUAAUCCAGGUUCAAAAGCAGGGCCAAUACUCAUACCCAGGAGAUCCCUGCAUGAUGACAGAUUAGGUUGCAGGCACCUCCACUGAGCAAGCAUGGAGACAGGCUGACCUCCAAGCUGAAGGGAUGCCAGAGACUCCCUAGUCUGACCAUACAUCAGGUUUUUCUCCUGUUAACAGUUGGAUUAUCCCCCUGCUGCAAGCACAAAGCUGCAGUUUUUGAUCACGCUGGUCUUUGAGCCGGACAGGUUUUCCCCAGAAAAUCUCUUUUAUCAUAGCCACCUGCAGGCUUCUGCCCACUUUGUCCACUGUUAGUUCUGCUUCCUAAACAUUGGCCGCAACAGAAAAAGAGAAUUCAAAGAAGGCCAAAACACUUGUGUGCAAAUACUAAUCCAGUGGAGAGACCUGAACCGCAGCCUGGUCUUUCACCAUGCAGGGACAGGGGCUGCUAAGGCAAAGUCUCAGAGGUGGAUGUGACCCCCAGGAGGGUGCAAUGGAGGGCUGCAUCCUUGGCACUGCAGGGUCCCCACACAUCCAGGCCAGGCCUCUUCAAAGCUUCGUGCUUUGUUUUCUCUGCAAAUAGACUAGAAGUGACCUAACAUGCUCCUGCCCCUUUGAGCUUAAGCAGCUUUUCUGGUUUUGCCAUGUCAGGAAAAAAAAGACAGAGAGCAGCUCAGGUUUCUAGGCUGCAGAGCACACUUUGAGCUGUGUAGCCAUGGACAGGCCAUGGUGGGCUACCACCCUGGACCACAUCCAAACUGUGGCAUUGCCAAGUGCCUAAGAUCUGUAGAAGUGGUUGAAAAAUACCUUUUUAUAUGGUGUCUCCCAUGGGCCCAUCACAAGCUGCUUUUCUUCUCAGUGAAAGCUGGCACUGGAAAGAGACUUUGUUUUUCCUGAAAACAAGAAAAUCACAGAGGGUCAGAUCUUCACCCUUGGCUGGGCACAGAUCCCACCCUGUCCACCCACCCUCUGUGCCUAUUGCUUCUAUCCCUGUGGCUGGGUUAGAUGGUGGUAGAAGAGCCGAAGUUCAUCUUGCUCAUGACUGGGAAAAGUGAUGACAUUUUUUGUUUUGCUUAAACACCAGAAACUGAAUUUUUUGUGUGUGUUGCCAAUUAAGAAUUGCUCUGAGCAGUCAAGAAGUGCCGUACCUGUAGUAUGUUUGUACAUCUAAAAGGAACGGUUAGUCCCACUAGAGAGGCAUUUUUCUUUUAAAUGGAGCAUUAUUAAUCUCAACCAACAGAUCUUUGUUCAUGUAUACUUUCUCAAAGAUACAAAUGAUAAAUUUAGACCAUGGAAAUGCAUGCUUCUUAGAAAGGUGAGUUUCCUUGAGCAGCUGGGUCUGUAGCUACACAAUUUCUCCCCAAGAUCCUAAUGUGCAUGUUGCCCACAGUCCUGUAAGCCUGAUGGGUAAAGUCAGACUCUGCCUUUAGAAAUUAUUUUCCAUCAAUAGUUAUUUUUGAUCAGAAACUUUCCCAGAAGGCAUCUGUUUUUUGGGGGGGAAGGUUAUUUUUUUCAAUGUGGAAAGUCACUAUCUCAAAGGUGCAGGGUUUGCCUUUCAUCCCCUUCAUUCCUGUGAUUGUUUUGUCCCUGAAUGCAACAGAGCAUGCUUGUGUCUGGUCUGCCUGCAUUGCUGUCUUUGCAUUUGGGGCCAAAAAGAGGGAACCCGAAGUAAACGUUGAACUUCCAGAAUCUGCAGAAUACUUUGCACAAACCGCAGAGAACAGCUUUGACCAAAACAGUUUACUGCUUCUUUUGUCUUUAUUUUUUUCUUUUUCUUUUUUUUUUUUUUUUUUUAUCUAAGCCAGCUCUACUUUUCUCAAUGUGAAAUACAGAGAGAUUCGCACCCUGGGUGCCUACUUUCUGGAAAUGACGAAAUGAGGUUUGGGUGUUGAUAGCAGUGUUUGAGUGAGCUGCUGGUCAGAGAAGUGAAUGCUAUUUACUAUUUAUGUUGAGUGUGUCUUAAAAAAAAUGGGAAAGGUCACUAGAAGGCUAAUGAGCAGAAGACUUUGUAGAGCAAACUGAAAACUAAAGGCUGGGUGAAUCUGAUCUAGAGGCGAAUGGUUCUGUGUGUGAACACUGUGAGCUAGGAUAUUUAGCCAUUGUAGUUUUAACCUGCUUUUUUUCCUGUAGGGAGGGGCAUCCUUGCCUUCUUUAGAGCUGAAACAAAAUCAGAUCCAUCCUCUGUCACGGUCAUUCAGUCCACUGAAGUCUGUCAGCAUAAGCGUCCCCAGGCUUGUGGGGGACUGUGUGUAUCAAGCACUCAUCCACAGAGCUGUGCCUCUCUGGAGAUGGGGGAACACUUUAUAGGGAAUGAUGGAUCUUGUUGUGGGAUAUUCAUGUUUCUACUGCCAGAUAAACUCUGCUCCCUGAGUAUCACCCCAUCACUCACAAAUUGAUCUGUUCUGAACAUGUCCCCUAAAGCUCUCCUAUAAUCAUUGUAUUUUGUAAGUCUUGGGAGGCACUAAUUCUUUUUCAGAUACUGUGAUGGCCAUCAAAAUGAGCAGAGUGUCCUACCAUGUGAAUUGUGACCUGAAGAUGGGGUUGGAAGGUGUUUGAAGGUUAGAGAAAGAAGAGAACAUACAACUGGUGGAAAUGCAUAAGGAUGUGUCAUAUUUUUAUUUUUGUAAGUAAGUCUGAUUCUCUAAGUGCUUGUAAAGUACUUUACUGUUGUAUAUGUGGUGAUGCAGUAGUUCGCGAUAUCCUUUUAUUUUUGUAUAUUCCCUCCACAAUAAUCCCUUUCUGUUCAACUCAUAGAGAGUAAUUUAAGAAGACAAAAUGUAUAUAUCGUAAUAAAAUGCUCAAACUGUCA